UUAUCGAACGCACGUGGUGAACAUUUUAGUCGUGCUCAGCAUAAUCCGCGUGUUUUCUAUCGUCAUUUUUUCAAUUGUAAAAUUUUAAAUAAAAUUUAAACAUGGGUAAACCAGGAUUCUCUCCAAGAGGUGGUGGAGGUGGCGGCGGCGGAGGAGGCCGAGGCGGUGUAGGUGGUCGCGGAGGCUUUGGUGGUGGAGGCGGCGGUGGACGUGGAGGAUUUGGUGGACGCGGAGGUGGUGGUGGCGGCGGCAGAGGCGGCGGUGGAGGACGUGGAGGUUUUGGUGGCCGUGGUGGCGGAGGCGGUGGCAGAGGAGGAGGUGGUGGACGUGGCGGUUUUGGUGGCCGAGGCGGUGGUGGUGGAGGCCGUGGAGGUGGUGGCAGAGGUGGUCGCGGAGGCGGUGGAGGUGGCUUCAAAGGAGGCAAAACUGUUGUCAUUGAACCCCAUCGUCACGAGGGUAUCUUCAUUGCCCGCGGCAAAGAGGAUGCUUUGGUCACACGCAACUUUGUGCCUGGUUCCGAGGUCUACGGUGAGAAACGCAUCUCUGUCGAAACAAAUGGUGAGAAGGUGGAAUACAGAGUUUGGAAUCCCUUCCGUUCAAAAUUGGCUGCUGCCGUCCUAGGCGGUGUUGACAAAAUUCACAUGCCACCCGGCUCUAAAGUACUUUACUUGGGUGCUGCUUCCGGCACCACAGUUUCACAUGUCUCAGAUGUUGUUGGUCCCGAGGGUCUGGUGUAUGCUGUUGAAUUCUCACAUCGUUCGGGACGUGAUUUGAUAAACGUAGCCAAAAAACGCACCAACAUUAUACCCAUCAUUGAAGAUGCUCGCCAUCCACACAAAUACAGAAUGCUAGUCGGCAUGGUCGACACCAUAUUCGCUGAUGUGGCCCAGCCGGAUCAGGGACGUAUUGUGGCGCUGAAUGCACAACACUUCCUCAAGAAUGGCGGCCAUUUCGUUAUAUCCAUUAAGGCUUCCUGCAUAGAUUCCACAGCUCAACCUGAGGCUGUGUUCGCUGCCGAAGUUAAGAAAAUGCAAGCUGACAAACUGAAACCCCAAGAACAGAUUACCCUCGAGCCUUAUGAACGUGAUCAUGCUGUAGUGGUGGGUGUCUACAGGCCGCCACCAAAGGGCGCAGAUUCCUAAACAUCAUGAAUGCGCAUUUAGUUUUGGAAUGUUUUUUUUUUUUUUAAU